UUUACUUUGUCAGCUUAUCAACCAUUAAGCGGGAAACUAUCGUAAAACAAAUGCUAAGCGCGUUAAUCCACGCGCAUACUCUCAGUUUUCUUUCCUCUUUCCCUCAGCCAAACCCCCGCCUUUGUCGCCCUUCCAUGGCUUCAUCUUCUCUUGUUCGAAUCGCUGUCGUCGGAGACGUUCACGAUGAUUGGGACCUCGGAGAAGAUACAAAGGCUCUUCAACUUAUGAAGCCGGAUUUGGUGCUCUUCACAGGUGAUUUUGGUAAUGAGAAUGUCGAACUAGUUCAAAAUGUUGCUGCUCUCAACUUUCCAAAAGCAGUUAUUUUGGGAAAUCAUGAUUCUUGGAGCACUCAACAGUUUUCUUCUAAGAAGAAGGAUCGAGUUCAACUUCAGCUAGAAUGUCUUGGACAGGAUCAUGUAGGUUAUAAACGUCUGGACUUUCCUUUACUAAAGCUCAGUGUUGUCGGUGGAAGACCAUUUUCAUGUGGGGGUCAACAAAUAUUUCGGAAAAGGCUUCUGUCUACCAGGUAUGGAGUUCAAGAUAUGGAUGGAAGUGCCAAGAGAAUCUAUGAUGCUGCACUUGGGACCCCAGAAGAUCAUCUAGUUAUACUUCUUGCGCAUAAUGGACCCACAGGUCUUGGCAGUGAAUUGAAUGACAUUUGUGGAAAAGAUUGGGUGUUUGGAGGUGGUGAUCAUGGUGAUCUAGAUCUAGCGCAAGCCAUCUCCCACUUAAAAGAGACUACUACAUUCUCUAUUCCACUUGUCGUGUUUGGUCACAUGCAUAAAGAGUUGGCAUAUGGGAAUGGUCUUCGGAAAAUGAUUGUAGUUGGGACUGACGACAUUAUAUACCUGAAUGGAGCCAUAGUUCCCAGGGUUAAAAGACCCAUAAAUGAACAAACAGCGUACAGAUGCUCCGUAGAUACUGAGACCUCACUGCAGGCAUCCAAUUCUAAUGGCACAAAGAGAGCCUUCACUUUAGUUGAGAUAUUAAAUGGACAUGUGGAUAAAAUUUCAGAAAGUUGGGUUUCCGUUGUUGGAAAUGAAACAACAUUAGAAGAGGAGUACAUACUAUUUAAAUCUAACGGGCAAUCUUCUCUCUGAUUGGAGUUCAGUUUGAGACGUCCUUAUACUCUUAUGAGACCAAGAACAGAAUUUGUCUGCUAAAGACACUCUUGAAUCUUGCGUACUACACAUCAUUAUGUAGCAAACGUAUGGCUGUUCCAUAAACUCUCUAAACAAUUGUUACUAUGAAAUGGAGAACCUUGGUUUUUAUGUUUAAAAAUAGUAUACUAAACUGAAGGAUGUAGUUUUUCUUAUGCACAACUUGAAGCAGGGACAGGUCCAGGGCCGUUGUUCAACCCCGGUUCCCCUGGCUGGUUUAGCUUUGCAGGGUACUGUUGACUUCGGAUCAUUUUGCUCAUGCUCCCCUCAAGAAUUCUAUUCUUGGGAAAGAGAAAAUGGGGCCCCUCAUGUUCCAACUUUCCGACUGUUUCAUUAAUAUUCCGAUUCAUUCAUGCUUUUACAUUUUAGGCGCAUAGUUCAGGUAUUGUAACAUGAACCCAGUAGCUUUAUUAUGGCCAAUGGCUUUGGUCUAAUCAGGGAAACUCACCUCUUGCUUCCUGAUCUAAUGUGAGUACCCAAAAAGAACAGUAAAAAAGGAAAAAAGAUGAAGGGAUAAGUCAAAAGGGAAGUAGGGCGGCAAAGGUUGACCAAU